AUGCUGAGAGUGACAAGACUGAUUGACAAUGCCGGUGAAACGUCUGGGCAUGUGCCACGGUUCGACGCUGGGAAUCAUGAUUACUACAAUAUGGCUUCAGAUAAGACACUUCCGUCUAAGUCGCCCUGUCAGCACAACCAAUUUGUGAAAAAGAGGUCAUACCACUUCUACCCAUCUAAUAUGGUUUUAACAGAGGACAUCAUUUAUUCUGAAUCAAAAAUCACCGAGCUCCUAGCCAACGGUGACUAUGAUACCGCCGGCCUUAGCGAACCCUAUUGCCACUUCACUGCUCAGAACGGACUUACUCCUCCUGCCAUGGGUGGCUUCUGGCACCCAAGCUCAGCGAGCGGAACCCUACGUAGUGAUGAGUUACUCUCAGGUCCUGGCGCUGCUGAUCUUGAUGUUGCGAUUGAGCAUCGGCUGCGUAAUUCUCUGAAUGCGGUUAAUCGAGGACUGAACUCCAGAACUCGCUUAUAUUGCAAGUAG